AUGAGCCGGCACAGCCGCAGGUUGCACGUGCGCCUGCUGCGCGCCGCCGCCGUCGUCGCUGCGGGCACACUUGCAUAUCGGCGAUGGCGUCUUCGCGCCUCCAGCGCGUUGCCGGCGUCUGCCUACCGGUCGGCGAAUGGGGCCGAGCAUUACCACGACAGUCCCGCACCGCGCUCUUCGCGCUGGUCAGCGCUGCAACGAAGCUCGGCAGCGGACCCAUUUGACCUCCUCGUGAUUGGUGGGGGCCUCACAGGCCUCUACACUGCCGUCGACGCGGCGCAACGCGGGCUGCGAGUGGCUUUGGUCGACGCGGCAGACUUCGGUGGAGGCAGCGCAGCUUCGUGCAUGCCCUCUGUCUCUCCGGGCGCGUUGCCGUACGUGCAGCGAGCCCUGCGACAGCGUGACUGGGACUGGUUGCGGAUGGCGGCAACCGUGCUCGUUGAGGAGACGACGUGGCGCAACGUUGCACCGCGGUGUGUCGUGGCACCCGACACACUGCUGCGACGCUGGCAGAGCUGGCAUUGGCGAGGCGCCGUCGGCAGAAGCGGCUGCGAAGCCGCGUCCAAAGCAGGGGCCACGGAAGAUGGCACCACUGCCGUGCUACAUUCAGCGGAACCUUCGGCGAGGGAGCCUUCGUUACUGCCUUUCGAUUUGACGCAUGCCACAACGACGCUGUUGCCAGCCUUGCACUCGACGGAGAUGGUGGAGUACGUCUGCGCCGCGAUCGUGAGUACGGCGAUGAGCAUCUUUUGCGGUCCGCUGCGUCUGAACCUCGUGCUGCCUCGGUCCGUCGUCGAGGCGCGUCUACCGGCGCUCGCGCCCUGCUCAGGGCCGUCCCCCUCGCCAGCGCAUCUGCGAGGCGGCAUCAUAGCCAACGACUUUGCGCUGCGUGGAAAUACAGUCGCCGUGUCGCUCGCACGCACCGCAGAGGAGCUCGGUGUGACUGUGUUAUCCUAUGCCCCUGUGUUCGCCAUUCAAGAGGUUUCUGCGCCGACCGCGACGGGGAUGAAGAUGAGUUCGCAGUCCAGCUCUACCGGCGCCUCUUCGUGCGCUGGCGUGAUGCUGGUCUCUGUACGCGACGCGCUGGCUGCGAAGGCGGUUGCAGCGAGUCUGCCAGCGUCGCCAGACCGAUCAUGGUCCCGCUUCUUGCAGCGGCGACUGCGACAGAGCAGCGCCUCUUCUCCCUCAUCCACUGCCGACUCGACUGCACGGCCGAGAAGCGCAGUAUCGAGCCCGGAUGCCGCGACCACGACGCACGUCUACACUCGCAGCGUGGUGAACUGCACAGGUUGCUGGGCAGACACUGUAAAGGCCAUGUACGACGGAAACGCCAGUGACACCGUGCCGGCUGCGUUUGCCGGAUACCAGGCGUACUCCUACCUGAUCGCUCCCGCCAACACCGUGCAUGCCGCGCCGCUCCCGUCAACGUCAUCCACGGAUGGCCACGACGCAGGGCAGGGGACCGCGGCCUCAUUACCGCCGCUCUCCGAGACGCUGCAGGCAGCGGCACUCCUCUUCAGCUCUCCGCGGCUGAGCUUUGCCUCGGUGAUGGUGCUACCGUGGUGGGACCAGUGUGUGAUGCUGGGGCCGAGUAUCUCCUCUCUGCCACCGUUGCCGGCGACUGUCGCGGCGAACACCAACGCACCGCUGCACUCCGUGGACGGAUACGCUGCACAGCGCCAGCGUACGCUGUCGAUGCUGAGUAGCAGCGGCGUGUCUGUGGACGCGUCGCGCCUGCUCUCGUGCGUGUCGCAGAUUGUGCCGCAUGUGAAGGGACCUAAAGAAGUGCCGUGGACUGGAGCGCUGCUGCAUCGCGGCUACGCCUUGCACUUUUCUUCAGUGCCGCUGCCCAAGGGAGGCGGCCAGGGUGACGUCCAAGAACCUGUGUCUUUGGUAAGCAACUGUGCAGACGCCGCCGGUGGCGUUGUCGCUGUUGCGCGCCGCGACGUCCCGCUCCUCCACGUGUAUGGCGGUAUCCCACUGUUGGCACGCCGGAUUGCUGAGGAGGCGGUCGACGCCCUUGUGUGUCACGAGCCGCCGCUGUUCUUGGAGAAGACGCGCAAGCAGCUCCACCGGUGCCGCACGCGUCAGCUGCAACUGACUACGCCAGCUUCUCUCUGCACCACCACAGAUAGCGGGCCGAUGAGCGCACGAGCGCGUCUGGAGACCCUUGUGAAGGACACCUACGCUGAGCGCGUAGUCGACGUUGUAGCCCGCCGCACACACGCCGCCUACACCAGCCCUGUCGAAGCCCUGCAAGCCAUACCCACGCUAGCGAACUUCAUGGGUAGGCUGCUGGAGUGGGAUGAAGCUAGGCGAUUUUCAGAGGUCGAGGCGGCGCGGCGUCUCGUGCACAGCGUGGCGGUAACAGUGUGA